AUGACCGACACCGACUCUGGGAAACGCAAGGCUUCGGCCGCUGGUCUCGGACAGAACCGUCCAGUGAAGAGACGCGCUUCCAAAGCCUGCUGUUGCUGCCGGGCACGGAAAGUCCGCUGCGAUGUCGUCGAGAAUGGCUCCCCCUGCACGAAUUGCCGCCUAGAUCAGGUUGAAUGUGUGGUGACCGAGAGUAAACGCAGAAAGAAAUCUCGCGUCGAGGUAGAGAAUCACUCCGAAUCUCCCGAAGCUUCGGAGGAGAACCAUUUCCACGGCCGUCUGAGUGAUCUCUCGGGGCUGGCGGACUUGGUACCAACUUCACCGUCACAAGCCUCGGUGGACUUGGAUCAGGGCCAGCAUAUGCCUCAUCUACUAUACCAAAACCAGGCCACUCGUAUCGGCUCGAUCAGCUCUGAUGAUCGCUAUCAGCGCCGCAUGGCUCCCAACCCGGCAGUUCCUGCUUCAAUGCCUUUGGCCAAUGUCACCUCGCAAAUUCAGCAGCUUUUAGACCCCAGAUUUGGGAACGCCCGAUCCAGUGGUUCACUCCCGGACUACAUCCGAGGUUUGCCCGCUCGACUGCUGAAGGAGGAUAUCGACUACCUGGCUAUCAAGGGUGCACUUACCAUCCCGGACGAGACUCUUCGCAACGAAUUGCUGAAAAGCUACAUUCACUAUGUCCACACGUACAUGCCCCUGCUUGACUUGGAAGAAUUCUUGCAGACCAUCGUUCAGAACGACGGCAUCCACCGGAUCAGUCUGUUGCUGUUCCAGGCAGUCAUGUUCGCCGGUGUGGCGUUCAUCGAUAUGAAACACCUGCAGGCCGCGGGCUACCAGACCCGCAAGGCUGCCCGCAAGGUCUUCUUCCAGCGUGCCCGUCUUCUGUACGACUUUGACUACGAGGUGGAUCGCAUCUCGCUCGUUCAGUCUUUGUUGCUCAUGACGUACUGGUAUGAAACACCCGAUGACCAAAAGGACACCUGGCAUUGGAUGGGUGUCAGUUUGUCUCUGGCCCACACUAUCGGCCUGCACCGGGACCCCGGUAACUCGCGGAUGGAUGUGCGUCGGCAACGUAUGUGGAAGCGGAUCUGGUGGAGCACCUACACCCGUGAUCGGCUGAUCGCCCUCGGCAUGCGUCGACCAAUGCGUGUCAAGGACGACGACUGUGACGUGCCGAUGCUGAGUCUUGAUGACUUUAAAUUCCACCCUUUCUCCCCGGAGAUUGUAGCCAUGGUAGGCAACUCGGAGAUUCUCCAGAAUGUCAACCACCAGCGCGAGUUGGCAUUGAUGUUCAUUGAGAAAGCCAAGCUGUGCCUCUGCGUCAGCCAUGUCCUUUCCGCACAAUACUCAGUCCUCAGUCACAAGUUCGGCGGCACAAUGGAAACAACCAUGAUGCUGGUCCCGAAGAAAUCAACCGCCGAAACCUUCGAGGUCCGCAGCUGCGACCAAGAACUAGAGGACUGGCUAGCAAACCUCCCCAUCGAAACCCAAUACAGCGCAUCAAACGGCUCAAAACUCUCAGAAGCAAACGAAGUCCUACAUUCCCACAGAGCCCUGCUGAAAAUGGUCUACCUCACAACCUCAUCCGCCCUGCAUCGCCCCCAAGUCCUCCCCGCCAUGCCCUACCCAUCAACAGACGCCGAACUCCAAGACAUCUCCCGCAACAAAGUCCGCUUCGCCGCCGUCGAAAUCACAGCCAUCGCUCAAGAUCUCCACACCCUAGAUCUCACCCGCUACUACCCAACAACCGGCGUCACAGUCCUCCUCCCAGCCGUCAUAAUCCACCUCCUAGACAUCAAAUCCACAGACCCAACAAUCCGCAUGACCUCCCUCCAACGCUUCUACCAAUGCAUGCGCAUCCUCCAACGCCUCCGCGAAAUCUACGCAUCCGCAGACUUCGCAACCUCCUUCCUCGAAGCAGCCAUCCGCAAAGCAGGAAUCCAACUCACAGUCUCCCCACAAGACGUCUCCGAAAAGCCCCGCCACACCUUAACUCCCCCACCAGACUCCCUCGCCCAGAAAAUCCCAGACCUGACAUAUCCGCCCGCGCCCACGCGCUCCGCGGAUCUCUUCGCCUCAACGCCGCCCCAGUCUGACGGCUCAGAAAAUGGAAGCAUGAAUAACGUCAAUGCACCUGCCAAGGAUGCAUUCGCUAUGCCUUCUGAAAUGAGUCUGACGGAACUGAUGGAUCUCGCAAAUGAUGCCGAAGUCACACAGAAUGACUUCGACGCGCUGAUUAAUUUCGACGAUCCGGCGAAUACGGAGUUCUUCGAAGAGCCGGCGGAGAAGUUCGAUUUCACUGAUAACAUGAUGUUCGAUACGGAGCCUAAGGCUGUGGAUUUUGCUUUGGAGAACAUUACUGCGGAGUGA